AGAAGAACUGUAGUAGUACAUCCAACUUCAAGUCUUCUGAAAUGUCUGAUUAUGGCUUAUUGCACAACAUUACAACGACAAGUAGUACAAAUGGCACCACUGCCACUACUGUACCUAGAACUUAUUACUGCAAUUUGAAUGUGUUAAGUGAGGAGCUCGAUAGAAGAAUGAAGGAGACCCAAACGUUGCAAGAUGAGGUGGAAAAUUCAACUAAAAUGACCAUGGAGCAAAUUGGCUGCAAGGUUUACAGCAGUUCACCCUCACAAAUCAUGAUUGGUUCAUUGGAGAGCUCAGAAGUGCUGUCGCAGUACCAACAGUGUGUGAUUCAGCCUCCUACUUAUGGACUUGCUCUGGAGGUAGUCAGAAGUGGUGUAACAUUCCCUGGAAAGGAUGUUUUGGAAAAUGCAAUAGAGGACUACUUCCAGCAGUUGUCUGAUCUCCAGAAUCAGAUGAGGGAGACACAUGAGAUCCAUGAACAGCAGAAGUUCAUAUUUCACCAGUCUAUCAUCAACCUGCAGACUAUGCUGCAGGAGGUCCACACUGAGAAAGACUGCCUUUCUGAUCUAAGAAUGAAAGAGAGCAGAAAACAGACCAAAGUAAUAGGCAAAAUGCAUGCAAUGAUCCAGGAGCUGCAAGCCACAGAACGUACUGGGCACCAGAGGCUACUGAAGGCUGAGGACGAAGCCAAGUCACAAUGCAGGAGAGCGGAGUCCUUGGAGCGGACCCUACAGGAGGUGUACUCUACGCUUUCAGCUUAUGACAAACGUACGGGAAGCUGUUCGUUCACCAUCCAGCAAGCACUGGGGGAAGCGGUGGGGAGGUUAUUACAAGACCUGGAGCAUGAGAAUCACAGUCUGAGAGAGAGACUCCUGCAGGUGGAGGAGGAGAUGGAGACUUGGCAGGGGAAAGCAGAGAUCCUGUUGAAGGGGCAAAGAGAAAGAAAAGAAAACGGCUGCCAGAUUUCAGUGUACCAUCGUCAGAUCAUUGAAUUGGAGGUAGCUCUCUCCAUCCUGCGCUCUGAUCUACAGGAUGCCCAGCAGAGACAUGAAGACAAGGUGGGUGUCCUCGAAAAGCAGUUGGACGAGGCCCGGUCUCAGGUGGUGAAAGCACAGAGAGGCACAGAGAGAUCCCUCCAGCAUGCAGAGGAACUGGACCUUCAGCUCUGUCAGCUCACAGGACAGUCAGAGCUACGACAAGUCUGUAAGGAGCUGUCCCUGGAGAGGGAGCAGACCAGCGGGCUGUGGGAGAAGGCCACGGGCCACAGGGAAACCGUUGAUGGGCUGCAUGAUGAGCUGGAGGUGCAGCAGUUGGAGCUGAUGUCUCAAUCCCUGCUGGAUGAGAGGAACAGGAAGCUGAAGGAGGCACAGCGGGGCCAGGCCAGGCCGGUGGAGGGUUGUGGCGGGGCCCUGGGGCCAAAGACAGAGGAGCGGAAAGGGGAGGACAAGGAGAAUAGGGUGAACUUUCCGCGGCUGCAGAUGGAGAACACCCCACAAGCGACUGUACGGGACGGACAUAGCUUGGACCCCCUGCACAACAAGAUUAAUGAGCAGAAGCUGGAGAUCCAACAGCUUAGGGCGGGCUUGGAGCAGCGUGAGCUGCGUUUGUCGGUGCUGGAGCAGGAGUGUCGGCUGAAGCAGGCCAGCCUGUCUAAACAGACCCUUUGUGUUGAAGGGCUAACCCUAGAGAAACAGCAGCUCACCGCUGAGUUGGAGCGGCAACACAGUCAACUGGUCUGCCUCACAGAAGAGUAUGAAGAGCACAAGAAGCUCCAAAGCAUUAAGAGUGAGGAACAAGGUGUGUUGGUGAGUCUGAAGACCCAGCUGAAGACCACCCGGGCUGAGUUGGACCAAGCCAGGAUCACCCUGAUGACCCUGGAGGGAGUGGACGGCCACGGCCUGAAGAUUGCCAUGGGGAUGCAGAAGCAAAUAACAGACAGACGGGAACAGAUUGACACCCUCCAGGGCCAAAUACAGAUUCUGGAGGAGACCUUGGACCAACUAACCAAGGAGAAGCAUUGCCAGAGCAUGGAGAAUAAAUGCAGGAUCCAGGAGCUGGCUUCAGUCACAGAGGAGAAGAGACAGCUGGCCGCUGAGGUGGACACCCUGCGUUCUCUGGAGAAACAGCUCCGGGAGAAAGUGGCCAAACUAGAGAACACCCUACACAAGAUGUCUGAGAGCUUUGUCAACUGUCAGGACGUUAUCCAGAUGCACGAGCAGGAGUUUGUGCGGCUGAAGCUGCAGCAUGCUCUGGACAUAAAGGAGCUUCAGGGCCAGAAUCGGCGAACCACAGGGAAUGCUCAGUGUUCUACUCUGUCCAGCCCAACAUGCUGGAGUUCUCUGCACUCAACCCAGCAUGACUUUAAGAGCCUGGUACAGCUGAAGCCUCAGCAGCUGUUGGGAAGCUCCACCCUCGAGCUGAAGACUCCUGUCAAAGAGCUGCAGGGUGGGAUUUCUGAGAACCCCAGACCACACACCAACAAAAGCACCCAGAGUAUCCUCAGGAGGUCUGCCCCUGAGAAAGAGCACCAGACCACACUCAAUGAAGGGACCAACAGUGUUACAAGCAAUAUCAAAUCAACCACGAAGGCAACUUACAGUAGGACCACUGAUCUGGAUAAACAGAACUUAUACAGCAACUUCUUAAGCAAGAGCCAUAACUUACCUUUUGCAGCAUCUCUGCCUUGCAACACGUCAUCCCCUCGAGCCCUGGCAGUGGGCCGCAGGUCCCCUGUACACUCGCUUCUGACCUCUGACCCAAAUCCAACACCUUGACCACAGAGCAGGCCUCAGGCAGCAGGCCCUCUCACAGACACAUGCAACAAGAUGGCCACAGUGAUAACGGGUCAGAAGAGGAGGUUGGGAAAGGACAAAGACAAAGGGAAGAUUUAUAAUAAACAUGAGUGUGUAGAUGUUUAUUUAAAUAAAGAAUUACCAUAAUGUUGAA